AUGCCAAGCGCCAUGCCAUAUCACAUGCCGUAUGCCAUGCCAAAGGCCAUGCCAUGUCACAGGCCCCAUACCAUGUCACAUGCACUCCAUCUGCUUCCCUCCCUCCCCCUUCCGGUUGUCUUCAUGCUAUAUGCUCGUUCAUGCACUGGCAUCUGGCUAUUAACAUCCCUCCCUCCUCCCUCUGAACGGCCCCCAGGCUGCAUGUUCGCUCAACCACUGUCCCACACCCUGACUUCCUUCGCUGUUAGUGUCUCUGCUCGUCAGCUCACUCCAGCAAAAUCCUCCCAUACUCCAUUCCCCUCCCACUUACCAUUCUACUGUCCCUCCAUUUCCAGGCUAUCUGCUCAUUCGCCCUUUCUCCUACCUCCCUUCCCGCCGCUGCUGGUGCAUCGGCUUGUCUGCUCACGCUGUCUGAUCCCCACGUUACCCCUCUCUCCUUCCUCUCGUCCACUUAACGGUUUCUCAGGAUAUCUGCUCAUUCGCCCGCUCUCCUCCCUACCCUCCCGUCGCUGCUGGUGUGUCGGCUCAUCUAUUCACUCUGACGCGCUUGAUGCUGUCCAGUCGUUCAACGCCACGUGGCGCACCGAGCUGACGGUGUUCUCCAACGAUUGUAGAGACUACAGCCAAGCGCUUGCAUCACAUCUAACAGGCAAGAAGGUAGAUCUCAGCUCGUACUCGUGA